AUGGUCUCCUGGGGCAUCUCGCAGUCGACAGCCCUGGAUACUGACACGUCACAAUCGUUACAGGACACCAAGGGCGCUGUAGCAUCUACUGCGCAACAGGAACCUCUGAAGGCAACGAAAUCUCUACAGCCUCAUGCAGGAAGCGACGUUAAGGAAGAACGAUUUUGGCCUUUAUUUGAUAAACUUGCUUACAACACCAAGUGGUUUGGAAAGGAUACAGCACAUGGGAUAAAGAAUCAGGCCGGAUUUGAAUCAGUUGCCGGUCAUGCCACAUACGAAGCUAAAAGGGGAGUCAGUCAUGCGGUACACGGCGUCAAACCAACAGUGCGUAAUGCGGUCUUCGAUGCUAAGAUGUGGUUUCUCAAGUUAUGGCACAAAAUCGAAGAAGGUUUCAAAAAAAUGAAACACAAGACAUCCGAGCUCACUCGCAAAGGUUGGAAUCGUAUCAAGGAGGCAAAGAAAGCGGCGGGGCAUCGAAUGUCUGAAUCAAAGCUGAGCAUGAAACACGAUAUCAAAAGAAAGAGCGAGGGAGCAAAGUAUGCCAUCAAGACCGGUAGUACAAGUCAACUUAAGUAG